UGCAAAUGGCCUUUGUUAAUAAUUUUUCUUCUUCUUCUUCUUCUUCUUCUUCAAACUCGCUGGGCUUGCCCUUUGAUAAUUGGACGCCCAAUUCACCACUUUCCCCCUCGAUUGAAUUGGAUUAAAACUCCCAUUUUUGCCAUUCGAAGCAAAGAACACCCACAAGAUAAGAUAUUGGUAUUGAAACGCAACAACCGCGCUUUACCCAUAACUCUAAUUCUUCCGCUCUCUUUGUUUUUCUAAGAAGGCUCAUGUUGGGUGCUUCUAAGUCUUCCAGAAAGAAGCAGCAAGUGAAGCCAGAAAAAGAAUGGCUGUCGGUGAGUUUCAAACCCGAGAACUUCAUUCCAGGCCUCGUAAUUGGUUUCAUUCUUGGGUUGUUUUUGGAUUUAUCAAAACCCAGUAAAGGUAAUGCUAAGAAGGGCUAUUUCCUGCCGUCCAAGUACCAACAGCUUUCUCCAGCCUCAAAUAACGGUGAUCAAGAGCUCAAAUUGGUCCUUGUCGUUAGGCAAGAUCUGAAGAUGGGUUCUGGAAAAAUUGCAUCUCAAUGUGCUCAUGCCGCUACUGGCUUGUAUGCAGAACUAAUGCAAAGCCACCGAAACCUUUUGAGACAGUGGGAACUAUGUGGGCAGCCGAAAAUAGUUGUAACAUGCAAGAAUCAACACGAAAUGAAUAAACUGAAGGAUGCAGCUGAGAAUAUUGGCCUUCCUACUUUUGUUGUUGCUGAUGCUGGACGCACACAGGUUUCGGCUGGAUCGAAGACUGUUCUUGCCAUUGGACCUGGGCCAAAGGAAGCCAUUGAUGCAGUAACUGGGAAACUCCGCCUACUCUAGUCGGAUUCAUGCAACCACACACAAUUGGUUUAAUGUAUUCAAAACGUAAAUGAUGAAUCAACAAUUUUAUCCGCCAGCAUUCAUCUUCAUGAGACGGGUUCAUGCACAUGGUGAACAAGUUGUAGCUGCUGGAUAAGGAAGAAAUGGUGUAGGUUGGUAUAGUUACGCCUGAAACAUUUGUUUAGGUAUGUAUUGCUGCUGUUAGCUGCUAGUAGUUUGGGGAAGUAGGAGUGACAUUGGAGCUGACAUGUUCAGGAUGUAACGUAAUGUUUUUUAGUUGCUAAUGUACCAAUUUUUCAAAA